AAUGUUUCAUUGUAUACAAAUUCAUAAAAGUGCAGAAAUAUUCGCCUCACUUUAUGAAUUAUUUUAAAUUAGAUUUAAGCUGUGAUUCUCAUAAUCUGAAACCAAAAAAUGUUGUUAAAACUUGUUAGAAGUAAUUACGCAAGAGGCUUUUAUCGAUCAUCAAGUAUUUUAAUAAGAAAAUUGCAUAAUGCUGUUGCCCUUUCAAAUACUGAAUACCAAAGUAAAGAUGGAAAAGAGGCUCAAGGAAAUCCUUUUAUUAUAAUGCAUGGAUUAUUUGGUUCAAAAAGUAAUUGGAACAGUUUAUGCAAGGCUUUCUCACAAAAAGCAAACCCACGUAGAAAAAUAUUUAGCAUAGAUGCAAGAAAUCAUGGCGAUUCACCACACACCGACGAGCAUUCAUACGAAACCAUGUCAGAAGAUAUCGCAAAAUUUUUGAAUGAUCGUGGAAUAGAAAAGGCAGCUGUUUUAGGACAUUCAAUGGGAGGACGUGCUAUGAUGUAUUUUGCUUUAAGUUAUCCGAAUCUAGUCGAACGUUUGAUUGUUGUUGACAUUUCUCCAAUUUCUCCUAUCGGAACCAAUCGAACUGAUAUUCCACUUUUCCUCAAAGCCAUGCGAUCAAUUGAAAUUCCCAAAGAAUUAACAAUUCAUCAAGGCCGAAAAGUUGCUGAUGAGCGUCUUUCUGAAAUAAUCAAUGAGAAAUCGCUUCGUGAUUUCCUAAUAACAAAUCUUUUUAAAAAUGAAACUGGCGAUUUCCGGUGGAGAAUAAAUUUAGAAACGCUUGAGAAGAGAUUCGAAGAGGGAGUUGUGAACUUCCCAGAUGUUGCAGGAAGAACAUAUGAUGGCCCAACUUUGUUUAUUGGUGGAUCGAAGUCAGAUUAUUUAAGACCCAGCGAUAAGACACAAAUUGACAAAAUUUUUACGAAUUCCCAGUUAAAUUACAUUGAUGCUGGUCAUUGGGUACAUGCUGAGAAACCAGAAGAAUUUAUGAAUCAAGUAUUAGCUUUCGUGAAUAAAGUUUAAAGAGAUUAAUUUAUUUUAUAAAAACAUUAAAAUUGAAAAAUAAAAUCAAAUUAUUCAAAAACUUUAAUUUGUUUAAGUUUCAUUUCGAAAUUUCUUUCCGCACAAUUACUUCUUCACUUUCAAAAUUCGAUCUUCAUCGGCACAACGAUCUCUAAUCGUUUUUUGAUACGGAAAUUAUCGAUUUAAAAAGGUGCACAACGUCAACCACUUUAGUUGGCUUCUGAUUGUCUUCCGAGUUGGUUUGAAAUUGCAAAUCGGUAACUGAAAGUUUUUCCACUCUUUGCUUAGUGAGUUUUUCUCAUUUGUUUCGUAAUAGAAAUUCUUUAAAAGAAAAUAAGUAGCGAUAAAAAAAGAUAUCCAGUGAAAGUGAAA